AUGGGCCAAAUCACGCCCGCGGGCGAAGAUGUCUCUGUCGAAACGGUUGAAAAAGGCCCCGCCGAGUCGCCCUUGCCUUCGCCGUCUUCACCACGCCUCAGCACACCCUACGAGGUGGCCAUGGCCCGCCCUGAGUGGAAGGCGGCCGAGAAGCGGCUCGUCAAGAAGCUGGACAUGACGCUCAUGCCAGUCAUCUGGACACUGUACAUGUUCAACUACCUCGACAGGAACAACCUUGCGUAUGACCAACCCCUGGGUGUCGUGAAGUUGCAGGCCAAGCUGAACAAUUUCGAGAAGGAUCUCGGGCUCGUGGGGAACCAGUUCAACACGGCGGUUUCGAUAUUCAACAUUGGGUACAUGAUCGCCCAGCUGCCGUCCAACAUGCUCAUCACCCGCGUCCGGCCGAGCGUCUACAUCCCGUGCUGUGUCCUGGCAUGGUCGUGCGUAUCGGCGGCGACGGCGGCGGCCAAGAGCUUCCACAGCCUCAUCGCUAUCCGGAUCGCGCUUGGCGUCGUCGAGGCGCCCUUCUUUCCUGGUGUGCUCUACGUCCUCUCCUGCUGGUACACCCAAAAAGAGCUCGCCUUCCGCACGGCGAUCCUCUAUUCGGGCAUGCUCAUAGCGACGGCGUUCUCGGGGCUCAUCGCGGCUGCCAUCUUUGCACACCUUGACGGCGCGCAUGGGCUAGCCGGGUGGCAGUGGCUUUUCAUCAUCGAGGGGGCAGGGAGCUUCGCGUCGGCCUUCACGGCGUUUGCUUUUCUGCCGGACUAUGUCGGGUCCAAGACGGGCGUGUGCUCGUGGCUCAUGUCGGAGAAAGAGCUGCAGGUCGCCGCGCAGCGGAUGGAGGCCGACAGGGUGUCGGUGCCGCAGGAGAAGGCGACGGUGUGGAAUGGGCUGAGUCUCGCAGUAAAGGAUAAGAGGACGUGGAUCUUUGUCUGCAUGCAAGCCUUCUACGUUUCUUCCCACGGCCUCAACAGCUUCUUCCCAACCAUCGUGCAGGGCUUCCGCCUCGGCUCCAAUACGGCCACCCUCCUACUCACGGCACCGCCUUACCUACUCGCCGCCAUCGUCGCCCUCUCCGUCGCCGUCUCCUCGGACCGUCGCGCCGACCGCGGCCUGCACAUCGUCGGCCCCGUCUGCGUCGCUAUGCUGGGCUUCGUCAUCUCCGCCGCGACGACGAACCGUCCCGCGCGGUACUUUGCAAGCUUCCUGUAUCUCCCCGGCGCCUUCGCGUCGACGGGGUUGAUCUUUAGCUGGUCUGCGAGCGUGAUGAGCCAGACGCCGGAGAAGAGGGCGGCGGCGAUGGCGAUUAUCUGUCUGCUGGCGCAGUUUGGCAACAUCUGGAGCCCGUACUUUUUCAGACCGGAGGAUAGCCCGAGGUACCUGCUUGCGUUCUUGCUAAUGAUGAUGUUCUCGACGUUUUGCAUCGGGACGGUGUUCUUGAUGAGGCGGGUGCUGGGGAGAGCGAACAAGCGAUUGCUCGACGAGGCAGAGGGACGGGAAGGAAGGUUCGGCUUUAUAUCCUUUGAGAGGAUGAGUCCAUAG